CCCGCGCUCCCCCUGCCCCGGAGGGACGGAGCCGACUCGCUCUGCCUCGCGCAUCCCGCGGCGCCCGGCCGGGCCCCGGGCCCCGGGCCCCACGCAGGCCGUUCCCAGCCGACGGCCCGGGCCGGCGCCCCCUCGGGAAAUGUCCGGCGGCCGGAGGAGGGGCGGCGCCCCCUGGCACAGCUUCUCCCGGUUCUUCGCUCACCGAAGCCCUUCCCGGGACAAGGAAGAGGAAGAGGACGAGAGGCCGGGGGCCGGCCAGCCUCCCGCUCCCGGCCGGCCGGCUGCCAGUGUUGAAAAUGAACCCAUGAGCACAAGUCAGAAAAAGGAAAAUGUACUUUCAUCAGACGCAGUAAAGAUUCUCCAAAGUGAGGAAAAAAGGAACCACACUGAGAAGCCAGUCACUUUUCCAAUUCAGGAAGAUCCCAAAAAGGCAUGUGAUCUUUCCAGUUCCACGUCAGAUACCAAAAUAGGAGAAAGUGACAGACAGCCAAAGGAAAGCUUUUUUCAGUUUCUUGGUAACUUAUUCAAUAUCUCAGGAAAAUCGUCUCUAGGAGAAGCUAAGCAGUCUUCUUUCAAAGAUGACCAUGAUAAAACUGAGAAAAAUUUACAGAAUCCCAGUGACCAUCAUGAAGAAGGGAUCAAAAGGGAGAGAGAAAUUUUCAGUGGCUCCCUGGGAACCCAGACACAUCCAACAGAAGAACAAGACUCAUCCGAACUCUCAGAUGCUUUUUCUUUGGAUACAACUCAAGACAGUGAACAAGAAACCACUAAUUUGCUAAAACAAAUCGAUGGUAAACCAGAGAAACCUUCAGUAACAUAUGCAACAUAUCGAGGCCCAAGACACAUUAGGAAAUAUUUAACGCAACAGAUGGGCUUGGCAACUGUGAAUACCUUGGACAGAGAAAAUGAAAGUUCUGACUCUAGUACAAACACACACAUUGACCCUGGACGUGAGAUUGAGGCUGGGAUACUGCCAGUGUUGUCAUCAGCUAGUACAGACUCAUCUAUGAAUGGAAAUCUACUUGAAGGCCCAUUAGAAGACUCUGAUUGUAGCAAAACAAGUCUCAGUACGGACAGUUCUUUGACAAAUAACCCAGAACUGCAGACGGUUGCCUCUUCCAAUAAUCUUUUGAAUAAAAAUGCGUGGAGGGGUACUGAGAGAAAUAGGUCAUCCCCUUCUCUGAUGAGCUCCAGCUAUGAUGGAGAAUCUGACUCGCAGCACCAUUUAAGUUGUGAACCAGUUUCUCAGACUAACAGAAAUUUGGUAUGUUCAGCAUUAUUUACAGGAAGUAACAGUAGCAAAGUCUCUUGCAGCCCAGAUUUUCAGAGAGUAACUACAACAGAAUAUACAACAAAAGAAAACAGCUCUGUGAUGAGUAAUAGGUCAUUGGUGCAAAGAGAAGAGCUUGUUGAGCCUCAGGGCCCUGCUAUUUCUGAUUUCUCUUGUAGUAAAUCUGAUGGGAGUGACACUACUGAACAGGAAAGUACAAAUUUGCCAAGUCCAAAUAAAUCAAUUAGGCAUGAAGAUCUGCAGUUGCCAGAGAGUGAAUGUUCUGACAAGCAAACCGUAGAUAACUCAUCAAAGCAAGCUGCCACUCACACCAAUGUCAUUGCCCUUCAGAGACAUGCUAUGACAGACACAGAAUUUGUAAGUGAAGGAAAGCGAUUAUCUGCCCAAGACUCACAGAAAGAUGUGGCUGUUAGAGAAAUCAGGCGAGAAACAGAAAGUGCCUCAGCUGGUGAACCCAUAGCUUCAAGUCAUGUAAAAGCCCCAGUAGAUAAAAUUGAGUCGUUACCCAAAGAUACUGACCAGUUCUUUGAAACUGAAGCCAAAAAGCUUGAUUUUAGGUCAUGUGAUAAAAUCCCUUAUACUAGAAUUAAUAAAAAAGACCUCACCUUUGUAAAUUACGUCAGUGAAUCAGCAGUUGCAGCAUGCUUAGGAAAUAAAAAUGCACCUGAGUUGAAAUUUGAACUUAAUAGAAGUCACAUUUCAGAAACUCUUCUUGACUCUAAGAGUCCUCAGCAAGCCAAAGUAUCACCUGAUGCUAAAACAUCUCUUAGCCUUGACUGUAAAAAUCUAAAUUUCAACAUUUCACCUCCUGCCUUUGUUUCUGGAGAUGAGAUGUUAAGCAAGUUGGCUAUUCCUGAUUUAAUGAGUGAGGCUUCUCCUGUGCCCAUUGAAACUGGGAAUGUCAACAUCGUUGGUAUUUCCUAUCAGCCUAAUAAAUGUAAAGAAGAAAAUGUGAAAAAUCCUGUUGAGGCUGAAGGCAGGAAGAGUCCUCCUCCUUCCUUUUGCCUUGAAUAUACAUCUGCAAUUUUUGAAUCCAAGGAAGUUCUUUCUAAUGGUGAAAAAUGCCAGGUUCUUCCAAGUUCUGAAUCCAGUGGCCCUGACUUAACUGGGAUGCAGCUGUUGAGCUUUGAUUCUGGAAGCGUCUCUAAGGACUGCAGUUCCAUUUUAUCUCAAGUAUCUCAAGACCCUAACAGAGUAGAGUUAAUGUCCUCAAACACAAAAGCAAAUACGACCAUAACAGAGAAGGCUGAUUCUCUUUCCUUGGAAGCCAAAACUGAUAACAUUGCCAAAAUUGCAUCAAAAGCUGAAAUUGAUGAUCAGAACAAUGUUCCCGUUGAGUCACAUUCUGGAAUAGGAAAGACUAUAUCCUUGUCCAAAAUAUCUCUUUCACAAGCAGAGUCAAGAGACAUUUCUCAGGAUAAAAUGUCUUCUUUUCUAUUGAGAAUUACCCAUGUGCCGGAAAAGCCUAUUUUAUCAGAAUUAACAUCUCUAGGAGUUAAACAGGACAAAAAUUUUCAAUCAAUUAGCCAUAAUGAGAUUGAAGAGGAGUGCUUGGAUGCUGGCCUUAAAGAGAAAUGCCAAGCUGAGCUUUCUCCUGCUGCCUCCAAAUAUGAAGAUAUACCAGAAACAGAGGUCGAAACAGAAACAGGCUCUCCUCCUGCUCUUCUCAAAAGUAAUAUAUCUGGGAUUUUACCACCUGUUCAUGAUGAGAAAGUCAGUAGGCAGAUGGUAAAGAGUGGCGAAGCUAGCACUUGUGUGAUUCAUCAAUCUUUGGAUAUUUGUGGGACUAAAAAGAUUUCUGGUCACUCAGAAAUGGCAGAACUCAACUUAACUAAUAUUUCCCCUAAAUUCCAAGAAACUGGCAGCACAAAAGUUAAUUCACCUUUUCUCGAUUAUGAUACCAGCUUGGAAAAAAAUGUUUCUGCAUCUGAGGACUCAAGCUUUCUUAAUGUACCUUCUGAGCUGAGAUCAGAAAAGAAAUCCUCAUCUUACAGAAAUAAAGAGAACAUUCAUUUUUUAAAUGGUGGUAUUGAUAGUCUGUCAUCUUCCUCUAGUUACCCUGAAGAAGUUAGCAUAAUAAAUUCACAUAAGCCACAAAGUAAUUUUGAUUCUAUACAAGUUACCAAAGAUCUCACACAUGAAGGUACCUCCUUAACUAACCUGUUGUACCCUAACUCUGCUCAUUUGGAAUUUGAAGCACCUAACUCUGCUCAUUUGGAAUUUGAAGCACCUAUCUCAAUUUGGGCAGAAGUGACCCCUAUUCAGGAACAUUUGGGGAUUUAUACUGGGAAGAUAUCUCCUGAUUUCCUAACCACUGCCCAAUAUGACAAUCCCACGGAAGCAGAGAUUGGAGCAGUUGCUGGGCCUGCAGCGUCAGUUAACAGCUCAGACCAACAGUGUUCCGAAGCCUCCACUGAGCACACAGAAGCCAGGAGAAGAGCACGUGACCAACUUUCAGAUAUCGAAAGUGGUUUACUCAAAAACGCCAAUACGUUGAUUGAUGAGAUUUUUAAUUCUGUCAGGGAAGAACUAAUAUUUAAACACACAGUGAGUACCUGCCAGGAGCAUAUAGCCAUAGAAGGUAUAAUGAAUCUGGAUACCCUGAAAGAAGACAUCUCUGAGAAAAACCCAUCAGAAGUGACACUAACAGAGAUCCAACAGACAGAGGGUUUGGAAGAGCAGGGUUUGGAAAACAAGUCAGAAGUCGAAGAGAAGCCCUGUGUUUCACCGACAGUUGGUGAGAAGAGUCUUCUUGUUGAUCCUGAUAGUAUGAAUGUAUCUUGUUUGUUAGAAGAUAAAGCUAGGGAAUUAGUUAAUGAGAUUAUUUAUGUAGCUCAAGAAAAAUUGAGAAAUGAUGCUUUUGAAGAUACUGAGGAUACUUGGGAUUCUGAACUUCAGGCUGAUACUCCACAAAUUCUGAACAGUGGUAGUGUUAAGCCACAUGAUGUAGUUAGAGAGUUCUUGGUAUCAGAACAGCCAGUAAAUCAAAGCACACACAUUAGUGAAAAUAAAGUAUUAAGUAAAUUCUUCUCCAUAAGUAACUUAGCUAGUGACACAGAGCCAAUUAAGGGAAGAGAAAUUGUUCUUUACCAAAAAUCCCCAUUUUCUGGAAAUGUAGCUGGACUGUCUGAUAGUAUAAAUUUGCAGGAAUCAGAUACGGUUUUACUAGCUGAAGACAUGUCACAUGAACAGUUAGAUGAUGGGGUAAAAACACAUUUAUUUUGCAGCGAGGACUAUGAUGAGACAAUGGAAGGAGAGUAUGUGGAUAACGAAGCUGCGACAGAGGAUGGAAGAUCUCUUGUAUUAAAUUUCAAAUGGCCUCCGCUUGUGAAUGACGACAUCCAUGCACCUGGUACAUCUAAAAGCAGUUUGUCUGAUAGCCUUGUAUGUAUAUCUGAAAAAAACUUGCCAGGACACAGUAAAAACACACCCCUUGCAACGUCAGAAGUAGGGAAAAUACACAAGAAGGAUAAUGAAAUAAAUAUGGGGAAAAUUGAGCUUAUACCGUCCAUGUUAGAAACGGGGAAAACAAACAAAAAGGAUGCUGAAUUGAAUAUUGUGAAACAUGAGGCAGUCCCUCCUAUGUUAGAAAUGGGAAGAACGCAUAAAAUGGAUGCUGAAUUGCAUGUCACGAAAACUGAGCCAAAAGCUAAUGUUUUUAAAAUGGGAGAAGUAUACCAAAUGGAUGCAGAGAGGCAUAUUGAAAAAACGGAGGGAUCACCUGUCAUUUUAGGAAAGGAGAAAGCUUAUAAGAUGAAGGAUACUGAAGGGGAUGUUGGCAAAAUUGAGGUGAUACCUAUUAUGCCAGACGUGAAACAUAUCCACCAAAAGGAUGCUGAAGGUGAUAUUGUAAAGACUGAGGUGACACCUGUUACAAUAGACGUGGAAAAUAUUUACCAAACGCAUGCUGAAGGGGAUAUUGGCAAGACUGGGGUGGUGUCCAUGUCUGAAAUGGAAAAUGUCUACCAAAAAGAUGGUGAAGGGAUUAGUGAAAAGGCUGAAGUGAUAACCCUUACGUUAGCAGUAGAAAAUGCUUGCCAAAGGGAUGCCGAAGGGGAUAUUGCACAGGCUGAAGUGAUGCCUGCAGGGUUAGAAAUGCCCAUUGCAUUAGAAGUAGCAAAUACUUACCAAAAAAACGCCAAAGGGAUUACCAGUAACACUGAGAGACCUACAUUGGAAACAGAAGCUACAUAUCCAAAGACUGCUGAAGAGGUGGUUAAGAAUACUGAACUAGUACCGUGUGUGUUAAAAGUGAAGGAAGCACACAACUUAACACCUGUCCCCUUAGAAAUGGAAAAAACAUGCAAGAGAGAUGUUAAAGAGACUAUUGGAGCAACUGUGUCCAUACCCUCUGGGAUAGAAAUGGAAAAAGCAUCCCCAGAAGAUGGUGGUGAGAAUACUGAGAAACACAAAGUGUUACCCACAGUGGUAGACAUUGAGAAAAUUCAUGGAAGACUAGGAUUGAGCAUUACACAAGUGGAGGCCAUGCCUCCUGCAUUUGAAAGUAAAACACCAGAAGAGUAUGCAGAAGGGAGUGUUGGAGAAACAAAGGAAGAGCCUACUGAAGUAAAAGAAGGCUUGAUAGCACAUGAAAAUAGACUUGCUUCACAUUUCAGGGGAUAUGAAUCACCUACAUUAAGUAAGGAUUAUGAGGGCUACCCAGCCCCACCAAUGCCAGAUUUUCAACCUGGGGAUACCAUAGGAAGUCUAGACAAAAGAAUAUCUCUUACUGGAAUAUAUGACAAGAGGAGAGAGCCAGAUUAUAGUGGUGAAAAAUAUAAUUUAGCUUUUGUUUCUCAAGAUGAGCAAGAAAAUUCUUCCUUUACCAUAUUAUACGAAGAGCCCCUUCAAGAGGAGGACACGUAUGCUUCCACAGAAGCGAGACGAACACAGCCUGUCUUGUUUCCUGAUGCAUCCCCUGACAGCAUCCCUGUUCUGGCAUGUGAAAGGUCUGAGAGUAGAACUGACCUUGUGCAUCACUUUGAAAAAGGUACUAAAUUAGGUGAGACAUUUGAUAGCGAUAGUUCAGAAAUGUUCUUAUCAGUGGAGGCCAAAAGGUACAAAAUUUAUCCUUUAGCUUUGUCUCCCAUCUAUGAGGAUGACAGUUCACAGGAGGACAUUCUCUCCAGUGACGUUUCCCCUGGUCACCAUGGCCCCAGGAAAUCAAGAGAGAGUGAAAACCAGUCCUCGUCUGUGUUAUCACUUCUCCAGUCAGUGUCGGAGCGUUUAAAGAUGAAUUUUGACGAAGGUGACAGAGAGGCAGCUGAGGAGGAGGAAGAGGAGGAAGCAGCAGCAUUGGAUAAAGGAGAUUUGAGGGCGGGAAGGAGAGAGCAUGUUACCUUCCAGUUGCCAGAUCCUUCCAUCACAUUUUACCCUGAUGACCAGGAAAGCAUUCGAAUUUCUAAAAAUUCAUAUGUGAUGCCAAAUGAACCUACUACCUCCAAUCUGCAAGUUGGUCUGUGGCCAGAAAAGACCUCAUUUCUUCAGAAAUCUGACCUUACUUCUAAAUUGCAUUCUUCUUUAAAGAGUGCUUAUCAUCAGUAUCUGCAGACUUCCUCAGAAAAAGGAGCCAGAUUUGGUGGGAUUUUUCAGGAACCAGUGUCAAAGCAUUUCCGUGUUCAAGACAAUCCAGGCAGAUCGAGCCCAUUCAUAGAGAAUGUUGACAAACAAACUCUGAGAUGUAACCCAAGACCUGGGAAGAUGGUUAUCUAUGAUCUCCAUGAAAGUAAAUAUAAACAAGAAGUCUACUGUAAUAUUCCCGAUGCUACAUCAUGGUCUUUUCCAAAUGGAGUUCUAAUAAAAGUUGUAAGGGGCUGCUGGAUUUUAUAUGAGAAACCACAUUUCCGAGGUCAGAAAUGUGUGCUAGAAGAAGGGGAAAAAGUGUUAAAUCGUGACUGGAUUCUUCAGAACAGAAGGCAUCCGCAAAGAAACUUUGUAUUGGGUUCUAUCAAACGAGUCUUAAAGGACUGCAGCAUUCCAGAGAUAGAGAUUUGCCCACAGUCGGACCCAGCCUGUUGUCCUAUCUACGUACAGAGAGCAGUCCCCAAUUUGGAAGAACUGAAUCUGUCCAGAUCUGUGACCUUCACUGUGAAGUCAGGAGUUUGGCUUGCCUACCCAGAUAUUAAUUUUAAGGGGCAAGCUACAGUUCUGGAGGAAGACCAUGGGCUCUUUGAGAUUUCUACAGCAGAAAUGAAAUCAUUACAUCCGCUUCAGAUGGGUGGACUGAAAGUGGAAAUGCCCAUGAACUUAAAGGUUAUUAUUUAUGAAAAACCUCACUUCCAUGGACAGGCUAAAGAGUUUAGUGAACAUAUAGAUUCUGUUCCUAAUUUUUUGAAAAAUGAUGGAGAUUUUCACAGAAUUGGAUCAAUUCGUGUCAUUGGUGGAGUGUGGGUUGCCUAUGAAAAAGAACAUUUUAAAGGCCAGCAGUUUUUGCUUGAAGAAGGAGACUUUGAAGACAGUAAUGCUUGUGGUGCAUUAAAUGGCCCUAUCUUGUCUUUCCGGUACUUGCAAGCUAAUUUUAUAGAAUCUUCUGUCACACUGUUUGAAUCUGACCUAGAAAGUGGGAAGUUUAUUGACAUUACAAAUCAGGAAAUUUCUGAUUUGGAAGAAAUUGGCUUUGGCAGUAAAACAAGAUCCAUUCAUGUUAAAAGUGGAGUAUGGGUUGCCUACCAGCAAAAGUUCUUCUGUGGAGAACAAUACAUUUUAGAAAAAGGGAAAUACAAAUGUUUUUUUGACUGGGGAGGAUCAAAUAACAUAAUCAUGUCCAUACGACCAAUCCAACUGGAACCACUUGGGAUAAAUGAACCUCCACAUUUGCUCAAAGCAUUCAGUAAACCAGGGUUCCAAGGUGAAUGUUCAGAUUUUACACAAGAAACUGCUGAUCUGACUUCACUCAUGCCAUGUUCUUUUAAAGUUCUUCGAGGUUGCUGGCUCCUCUAUUACCAAGAAGACAUGUUUGUUAAUCACUGUGUGUUAGAAGAAGGCCUCUAUGCUGACCUUACUUCCUGCGGCUGCCCAGCAUCUAAAGUCAAAUCUCUCAAGCCCAUUGACUAUGUUUUCGAGGAACCCUCCAUCAGCCUUUUUGCCCUGGAACAUUGUGAGGGAAGAGAGUUACAUCUAGAAGAGGCUGUGAACUCUGUUCUGAACAAGGACCUGCACUUCUACACCCAGUCUGUGUGGGUAAAAAGUGGACUAUGGAUAGCUUAUGAAGGAUCCAAUUUCUUGGGAAGACAAAUCCUACUAGGGCCUAAUGAGAUCCCAAACUGGACAGCAUUCAGCAGAUGGAAGACAAUUGGUUCCCUCCGUCCUAUGAAGCAGCCUGCCGUGUACAUCAGAAUAAAGAACCGUGCCAUGGAUGAGUAUCUGACAGUCACUGGAAAUCUAGCAGAUACCAGGGCAACAUCGGUGUGCAUUUCUCCCUACAGUGGAAAGAAUACUCAGAUCUGGCACUACUGCCGAGGAAUCUUUAAAUCCAAGGCCAGUGAUACGUGUCUUGAUGUGAUUGGUGGCCGAGACACACCUGGAGCUAAAGUAGCUCUAUGGACUGAACAUGGGCAAUUCAGGCAGAAGUGGAGACUGAAUAAAAAUGGAACUAUCAGCUCUUAUCUCAGUGAUCAACUUGUCCUUGAUGUUAAAGGAGGAAACUAUUGUGACAAGACUCAUGUAAUUGUAAAUCAGCCCCUAGAGGGAGAAGAAACACAGAAAUGGGACAUUGAAAUAUUGUGAGAGAAUCAACAUCCCUAGAAAGAGCAAAGGAGGAAACUCACAUCUGUCAUUGUCUUGUGGACAUGGAAAGGAAGCUACUGUCUUCACAUUCCUGGAUCACUGAGCAGAAUGAACUUUUUCUCCAGCCUCUGAGACUAUCGCUCUUAACCAUGGAAAAACUCAAAAUAUUCUUGCCAUUACUUAGUGUUCCUAUGAAGAAAAUAUGAUGAUGUCUGGGAAAGGUUCUAUUCGUGGUCUCCAGCUGUGGUGAGCAAGUUUCCUGAAGUGUGUAUUUUGUCUCCUAUCCACCAAACUGAUGGCCCAUUAUUGGACACUGGUGAUGCUGUUAUCCUGUAUUAUUUAUUAAUAGCCUGCCUAGAUGCUUGUAUAAGUACAAAGCAUAAGGAAACAGAUUCCUAUAGGUCGAGUCAUACUUUUGCAAACAGAUGAGUAAUUUUUUAGCAACAUCUGAAAAUGUAUUAAGCCUUUCUACAUAAACUUUAAGGUUUCUAUACUGCGGCUUUAUAACUAGCGCACCUUGUAAGUAUUUAUACUUGUAACUAACCCCAGGCAGGGACCUCAGCUUCAUUAGGAAUAAGGCACAAGUAGUAAAGUCUUUUCUGCAGCCAUUAUGUCCUCAGUCCUUCAAACUAAAGAAAGUACAAAUAACCUGAGGCCGAACUUGCACUCUUAUGUAUUAACCAAGACAUCCCUUUAGGUGACAAGACUCUACAACAGUGGUCGCCUGUCUCUAUGCUGACACUUCAUCCUAGAGUUAAGGAGAAGCAUCAUUUUUUGGGGGGGGCCUCAAGAGAAAUUUCAAAUGUCCAAAUUAAAACAAAGUAGCAUUUGAACCUUGACCUUACCAUCUUUUCAAGUAAAUGUGGAGUUGAUUUAUCUACUAAAUAAUAGAAACCUCAGUUUUUCACUCCCAUUUUAAGUAACUUUUAUGCUAGUAAAAUCAGGUAGGAAAUCACCUUUGACUUAGCUUCCAAUAGUCAUUACCACUUUUUACUGCACAAUUCACAAGCAGUUUUCUUUCCCUGCUGAAUUGGAUUGAAACUUCCAUUAAGACAACUUUUCCUUUUAUCCCCAACUUUCAUCAGAAAGCAGAAAAAUGCUCUAUUUUUAU